AUGGCCAGCAAGGAAAAAGUGGAUACAUCUUUCAGUGCUGUUGCAUCGAAAGUGCAGGGAACUCAGGCAAAAUGGUAUCACGGAAUGAUGUCGAGAGAAGACGCAGAAGUUAAACUGAAGCAAGCGGGAGUCGGCAGUUUUCUCAUCAGACAAAGCCAAAGACCAGGGAAAGGCUUUAUUCUUAGUGCUAAUCUCAAGCGUGGAUUCGUCCAUUUUUCAGAAAUAUCUAUCUCUUCAGAUGGCCUUUGGACUUCUGAACAGCAAACGCAGGUCUUGGAUUACUUAUCCAGAGUCGAAGUAGUCAAAGGAAACCCACUCAUUGCAAAUGAAAAAGCCAGUGGUGCUUCUUUCAAGACAACCUGCCCGUAUUGGAAGCUUUGCAAGGAGUACAAGGAUUCUCUCAAACUAUAUGAUGAGUAUUUUGAACCUAGUUACGACAUGUGUUACUGUACCAAAUGUCACAACAAACGAGGAGAGAAGGAUGUGUACACCAGAGGUGACCCGCCGAUGAAAUACGUUCUUCCUAUUGGCUGGUGCAGAUUCAGCCUCAAAGUUCCUCCAAAAGCCAAGGCCCAGAACGUCUUCAAGAAAUGGCACGUCUGUUUUCACGGGACAGAUUCAACAGCUGUGGACAGCAUCUUGGGGUGUGGCGACCUCCUCAUGCCAGGUGACUAUGCGGUCGGUGGGAGGAAGCUGUCUGAAAAGGAGGGGCACUUUACGGAUGAAAGGAAACCAGAAGGAUUUGACACGAAGCAAAUCUUCCUCUCGCCAAGCAUCAAAUAUUCGGGGUGCGAUGUGUACGCCAAACCAAAGACCUUUGCGACAUCGGCCGGUAAAGUUUAUGACGCAAGAGUGGCGUUUCAGGUCUGCGUUCGCCCAGAAAGUUACAAGAUCGGACCUGAAACCAUCGGAGCUACCAGAAAGAACAUCAAGAUUGACCCACACGUUGAUAACGACAAGAUUGAGUGUUUUACCAAAGAACGAGGGAGCACAAUUUUGUACGGGCUUCUCGUUAACAUGGAAGAAACAAAUACAUAAAGCAGUUUAAGCCAAUUGUUACACAUUCGGAUUGGACAGUCGAGCAGUUAUUACUCUUCGUGUAAUACUCUAUUUUCAACAAACACAAUUUGGCAAGUUGACGUAAUACACACAAUUGUUGAAAAGGUGAUGACAAGAAAUUUGUAGAUCCUUCAUAUUUUCGGUGAAAAAAAUAAUUUUUGGUAAAAAAAUUAGUGAUUUGGUAAAAAAAAUAGUGAUAUUAUUAGAAGGGUUAGGGCCCAGUAUGAAAUGACAGUUUAACACAGUGAUGUUUUCUGGAGUGAUAAAUUACAUAUUUGUCUUAUCUAAUUUGACCAGGGAUCUUGCCGCCUAUCAUCGUUAAGGCUUCAUCAUAGGGUGAAAACAGAAUUCUUCUUACAAUUUGAGUAUUUUUUGUACAAUAAUCAAAACAGCCACCAAAAAUCAAAGAUCUUGCAAAAGGCCCGCUUGAUUUCCAAAGGUCUAUAGCUUAAUGUGAGCGGCACAAGAUAAUGAGGACCACAUGAUAAUGAAAUGGUUUUGCUCUUUUUGCUAACUCAAUACCCUACAAUACUAUACCAUCUUUUUAAAUAUGGCCAUUUAAACAAAUUGAAUGCAUUUUUGUACAGGCAUUAUAGAAAUGUAAAUAAUCAGACUGGCAAUCUAAAAGCCUGCCAUGAUCAUUAUCUGGACAAUUCAUAGUUAUUGUCCAAUUUAUUAUCUGCUUGGUCAAUAACCUAAAGUUACAAGUUGUUUAAGUUUGUUACAUACAGAUUCACUGUGGUCUAAAACAACAAAUAAAUAGCAUUUCUUUUUACACGUCAUAUACCACCCCAUACAAGCUACUAGCUAAGUUUUGUUCUUACAGAGAAGUGGUUUUCUUAAUUACGAGUGUAUAAUCAAUUACAACUGUAGGUUUUGGAAUAUACAUGUAAUGCAAUUAUCGAACAUGAGUUCUUUGUUAAUGAGAAUAGUAGACUGUAUCAGGCUCCACGGGUCACUAGAAAAAUAGAAGGAAUUUACCACGAUAUAAACAGAUAUCAAGCCAAAGGAAUUAGCUGGCCAAGGAGUGCAUGAUUGUACAACUCCUUUGGCUUCAUAUUUGUUUAUUUGGUAAAUUUUACUAUUUUUUCAACAACCUGUGGAGCCUAAAAGAGGCUACAACAAUAUCACAUGGUCAUGUGCGUGCUACAUAUCAAUUUGAAUAUAAUUUCAAGUCGACCAUUGCAUUCCGAAACUUGUCAAAAUGUUGUGAAUAAAAGCUUGCAUAAAAUCAUUUCUCUUUCAAUACACUUGUGUUGGACUAAUUCUUUGAACACUAACUUAAAACAUAAAAUAAAAGUACCUUUUACUACAUCUUGGGUAAUUUUAAAUUGUUACAACAAUGCAAAAUCAUUUGGAACAAAUUUUAUAAUUGUGUUCGUGUAUUUAGUGGUAGCAUCUGUAAAAUCAAGCAACAUUGACAUCAACAGUGAUCUGUUUCAUUAUUCUAUGAAAUCUCAAAAACAAAAGGUGUCCAAUGUCUACCACUAUAUUACUAGUACUACUGCAAUAUUGUUGUAACAUGUAAUGUAAAGUCUUUCUUUAUCCAAUAUUGUUUGUACCACUAUGGCAACUACAUAUUGCAGAAAAGAGAAGAAAUUUAACUACUUUUGACUACUGUUCAAGACCUACUAGCAUAAAUAUACUAGUAUUUACUUUACAUUACUAAAUGCGAUUUGCACCAACCAAGGAGCUUUCAUUGCACCACCAUUGCAUCAAAAGCACCCUGAAAUAACUACAAGAAAUUUGCACUUACAUGCAAAAUGUGUUAUCGACACAAUGCGAUAGGAAGAAAUUUCUAAAAUGGCAUCAU